UUCUUUAUUUGCUAACUAUAAGUUAGACACUCCUUGUUCCUAUAUAUUAGAGGCCAAACCAAGCACAAACCACACUAAAGAGGGCCUUGCUUUCAACUCUCCUCUAUGUACUAAUUUCCGCCUAGCUAGCUCGCUUUUCCUCUUCCUCUUCCGAACAUGGUGCUGCUAGAAAAUGGCAUCUCAACUUCCAUGAACUCAAAAAUCAUUGGCUCGGGCAGUGAAGUCAUAGUUCUAGCACAUGGGUUUGGAGGAGACCAGUCUGUCUGGGACAAAAUCCUGCCCUCCUUGGCUCAACAUUGCCGUGUUCUUGUCUUCGACUGGACCUUUUCUGGUGCUGUCGAAGAUCCGAACCUCUACGAUCCUGUCAAGUACUCUUCGUACGAUGCUUUUGCCGAUGACUUGAUUUCUCUCCUGGAUGAGAUGAAUCUUCAAUCUUUGGUUUUCAUCGGGCAUUCCAUGUCUGGCAUGAUUGGAUGCAUCGCUUCCAUCAAAAGACCUGAGCUCUUUAAGAGGCUCGUACUCAUUGGAUCUUCUCCCAGGUACAUAAACAUGGACGGUUACGAAGGCGGAUUUGGGAACUCGGACAUUGAUCAGAUCAUCGCGAACGUUGAAUCCAAUUAUCAAAACUGGACCUCAGCCUUUGCUUCUCUUGUAGUCGACGCAAAAGAUCCCCUCUCGGUUGAGAAGUUUGCAAAAUGCUUGAAAAGAAUGAGACCCGAAGUGGCACUUCCCUUAGCCAAGAUUGUAUUUCAAAGCGAUGAACGAGAGGUUCUUGAAAAGGUGAUUACCCCAUGCACAAUCAUCCAAACCACCAACGAUUAUGUCGUCCCAAAUUCAGUGGCACUCUACAUGCAGAAGAAAAUCAAGGGAAAAUCGACCGUGGAGAUGAUAGAAGGUGAUGGCCAUUUUCCACAGCUAACUGCUCACCUCCAGCUCCUUGAAGUGCUACGGCGUGUCCUGGGUUUUGAACUUGGUCGUGAUUAAUUAAUUAAGAACAUAUAUAUAUAUAUAUAUAUAAUAAGAUAAUAUAUGUGGGUGCUUUUUAGGGAAAAUAUCACAAUGAAUACCCGCAAUUAAGGACAUUUUAAUGUUGUGCAUUAAUCAUCGGUUCAUGGGAUAGAUCAGGUAGGAGCCAGUUGGGUCGUCUUAUUGAAGUUUUGAGCUGUUAUUUUAUUAAAGCUUUAUGCUUAUUAAUGUUGUCCUUGAAAUUAUUAUUAUGGUGCUUGUAAACGAAUUGGUGGAAAUAAAUUGCUCGACUUUGGCUGUGUCAA